GCGGUCUCUGCAGCGCGAGCGGUGCGAUUCAUCAACAGAAACAAAACACAGACCCGCCAACCACACAAAACAGCGACUAAAAUUGAAACAUAAAACUCUGUACGACAUUGACCCACAUUGUCAUCAUGUAAAAAGUCAGUGUGGACAUGUUGGAGACGGAAGUGAAUUAAUUUCUGAUAGUUUGUGAACUGUAGUCCGUUAGCUGUCAACAGGUGAAUCAGAUCUGUGAACUCAACAAUGCCUUCCAGAGCUUUGUGGCAGCAGCCAUAUGUCAACAUCUUCAAACACAUGAAGAUAGAGGAAUGGAAGAAAGUCAGCAAAGAGGGAGAUGUCACCACAUACAUGGAUAAAACCCUGAAGUGUUCUGUGUUCCGGAUCCGUGGCUCUAUACCGGCCAGUAACUUCAUUCUACUGCCCAAAACCAGCAGCCAGUCUCUAGGUCUCACCGGCUGGUACUUUUAUCUGCUAUUCAGACCCAGCCCAAAUAAACACUUCAUUGUGCACCUGGACAUUGCUGCUGAGGAGGGCCAGGUUAUCCGUGUGUCUUUUUCCAACAUGUUCAAAGAGUUCAAGUCCACAGCAACGUGGCUGCAGUUCCCUUUUCUGUGUGGAGCUGCUCAUGGUUCAGUGUAUGAGAAUACAGCCAGUGCUGCAAAACAAGGUUUUGUGGGUCCUGCGCCACCAUGUACGCGUUGGACGUGUCUUAUGAUGGAUCUCCAUUACUUGCUCUCAGUUUAUCUGAACAAAACACACAGUCACCUGAAGAGCAUUAAACUUUGUGCCAAUAUGUCUGUCAAAAACAUCAUCACUAGCGACCUGCUGUUUGACCCCGGUCUGUCAUACACUGAGUUCAGGCAAGCUGGGUUGAAAUUGCCAGAUGGCACUGCCCCGAUGCCCAGAGAAAUGUGUUUCCCUGUACUGAAAGGCCAGAGCUGGCACCAGUUGUAUGAUUACAUUAGGUUUCCCUCAGAUGGAUCAAAGCUACCCUUCGAUUCCAUACAGAAAGGAUCCAACAGCGCAGUUAAUCCGGAGACGCCAGCUGAAAAGAGUCCUCAAAGAGAAGAGAGUCGCAUUGUAAGCGUCAGUAAACCUGUACAAGACCGCAUCUCCCUCAUCCAGCAGAUAACCACACCAAAACCUAGCACUAAACAACAAUCAGCGAUCCAGACAACCAGUAUGCCUGAGUUGAUUUAUACGCCAUCUGGAGGCUCAGAGAGCCCGGAGUCACCAGGUCAAAUGUCACAGGCAGGUGAAGAGUUCAGAGUAGUGUGUGCCGAUGAUGAUGGUGUACACGUAUACGCUCGCUGUGAGGAUGACGUCUACACACAUGUGACAGACAGUGAGGAAGAAAUUGCAGUCAUUAAUGCAGCGUCUCCUCGACCAGUCUCUCUGCCUUCUGUCAAACCAGCAAAGCAAGCGCAGAAGCUGUAUCCAGACCCCAUUCUGAAACUGAACAGAAUUAUUGGCUUCGGAGGAGCUACAAUGAGAUGCGCUGUGUGGAGCUCAGAUGGAGAGGAAGUUGUGUAUCCCUGUCACGCUAUUAUUAUCAGCAUGACAGUUUCCUCGGGACAUCAGAGAUUCUUCAUCGGACACACAGAUAAAGUCUCAGCUCUGGCACUCAAUGCCAGCUCUACUCUGCUGGCAUCAGCUCAGAUGGGCACAAACAGUCUCAUUCGCCUUUGGAGUUACAGCAAAGGAGUGUGUCAAACUAUUAUUCCAACACACAUGCACGCUCUUAAUCGGCUGAGUGUUUCUCAUACUGGGUCAGCACUGUGUGGAGUCGGGAAAGACAGUCACAAAAAAACUACGGUGGUGCUGUGGAACACUCGGCGUGUGUCAGAAGGAGGCGUGGUCCCUGUCUUGGCUAAAGCGCACACGGAUGUGGACAUCCAGAUGAUGAAGAUAGCCUUCUUUGAUGAUACACGUAUGGUGUCAUGUGGUUUAGGUAACAUACGUCUGUGGCGUGUACGUGGCAGUUCUCUGCGCUCUUGUCCAGUGAAUCUGGGGCAGUAUCACAGUCUGGAGUUUACUGACCUCGCCUUUGAGCAGGGACACACACAAGAUCGGCCAGUGGAUGACCGCACACUGUUUGUCAGCAGUAGGAGUGGUCACAUCCUGGAAAUCGACUAUGUUGCCAUGGGAAUAAAAAAUAUUAGGAGGCUACUCCCAGCUCAGGAAAGCCACGCCCACCACAGAGAGAAACAGACUUUUAGCACAGGUGCUGGUAUUGCAGUGAACAGCAUCAGUCUGUGUGCUGAGUUCUGUGUGACUGGCUCAGAGGACGGAUUCAUGCGUCUUUGGCCUCUCGAUUUCUCUUCUGUUUUCUUAGAGGCGGAGCACGAGGGUCCCGUCAGUUUGGUGUGUGUGUCCUCCAACGGCUCGAGAGUUCUAGCCGCCACGUCCGCAGGGAAUCUUGGCUAUCUGGAUGUGGGUAGCCGUGGUUACCGUACACUGAUGAGGUCACACACAGCAAGUGUUCUGGGCUUCAGCGUGGAUGGAAUUAGACGGCGUGUGACCACAGUGUCCAAAGACAGCACAGUACGGGUGUGGGACAUGGACACACUGCAGCAGCUUUAUGAUUUUAUGUCGGAUGAUAAUGAGAGUCCCUGUUCAGUUGCGUUCCAUCCCAGCAUGCCUCUCUUCGCCUGUGGUUCAAGCUCUGGAACUGUGAGAGUGUUUGAUAUCCAAACGUCAAGCUUAAUUGCCCAGCACAGGCAGCACAGUGGGUCAGUAGAAUGUGUGACCUAUUCUCCUGAUGGUCAGUGUCUGUUCAGCGCUGGUUCUCUUGGAUACUUGGCCCUGUACCGAGCUUCUCAACUGGACCAUCAUGUGGUCCGUGUUCUGGGUAAUGUGGUUGCUCGGGGAGUGAAUUGUGGGCCAGAUGCUUUGGCUGUUAGUUCUGACAGUCACUGUCUAGCAUUAGUUGGACCAACCGAAUACACCGUCACUAUUAUGGAGGCACAUUCACUUAACGAGUUACUCCGGGUUGAUGUCAGUAUUCUCGAUGUUGAGAGCACAACACUGGACUCCGCCCUGAAUGUGUGUUUCUCCCCAACAUCACUCUCUCACCUGCUCGUCACCACAUCAGCCAAUAAGAUCGUUUGGAUCAACACACACACUGGACAACUGCUUAGACAGGUAUCUGAUGUGCAUAAGCAUCAGUGUUUGUCUCUGGCUGUCAGUGAAGAUGGCCGGUAUUUGCUCACGGCCGGUCAGAACUCGGUGAAAGUGUGGGACUAUAACAUGCACUUGGAAAUCAAUUCACAGGUUUUCAUCGGCCACUCUGAACCUAUCAGACAGGUGAGGUUCACACCUGAUCAGAUGGGUGUGGUCACUGUGGGCGAUGCCCUCUUCUUCUGGGACUUCUUGGCUCAUCCACGGGAGGCUGCUCAGUCUCUCUCUGUUCCUCCCAGAUCUCCAGUCAUUCAGGUCUCACCUGGUACAUCAGCCCGCAGUAGGGUGGAGCUAAACGAGGUGAUGCUGUCCAAUGAGCAGCCUCGAAAGACAUCACCUUUUCCCUCCUCUCCACCUGUUAUGAAUAUUCACUUCGAUGAGAGAAAGGACAGUGGAGAUUACACUGCUGAAUUGCACCGGAGUCCCACGGCAGACCACGCCCACUCCUCUCCUCCAAAACACGCCUCCUUCCUCAGAGUCACUGAAUGGGUGAGGGACGAGGACACGCCCACACUCCCAGCCAACCAGACGAGGGCAGAGACAAUAAGGGAGGGUCGAUCGCCAAUCCGUCCUGACUGUUAUAAACACUUCACUCCACGUUUUAAGAUUUCUACACUAGACCAGACUGUAUUAGCUCCGCCCUCAGGACAGACGGGGCUUACUCUGAAGGCUGUGAUUGGCUACAAUGGAAAUGGGCGUAACAACAUGGUUUGGAAUCCAGACACAGGUUUGUUUGUGUACUCCUGUGGGUGUGUUGUUGUCGUUGAGGAUCUUCACACAGGAUCACAGAGACACUGGUUCGGCCACACCGAGGAGAUCUCAACACUCGCUGUCACCCAUGAUGCACAGACAGUUGCGUCGGCAUCAGGGGGCGGAGCUUCACAAAAAAGCGUUAUCUGCAUCUGGAAUGUUUCAGAUGGGUCGUGUAGACAACGCCUCUCAUACCACAAGGGGACGGUGCAGAGCCUGGCUUUUUCCAGGGAUGACUUGUACUUCCUCUCAGUGGGUGAUUUCUCUGAGCCAAUGGUGGCGCUGUGGAGUACUCGGUCAUUUGAGAUGCUUUGUACUGUUCAGAUGUCGGUCCCAGUGCAUGAUGCUGCUUUCUGUCCGUUUACUGCUAAUGAACUAGCAUUCAUCGGCAGCAAUGCUGUUUUCUUUACUCUCAUACAAACAACUGAUCAAGGCACAGAACUUCAGGUACAAAGGGUGGGUUUACCUAUUGAGGUGGGGCAGGCAGAGGUGACAUCACUGUGCUAUAACUCUCACCGUAUCCUUUACACGGGUACAAACAACGGCCAUGUGUGUGCAUGGGACUGUAACUCACAUCGCUGCUUUGUGACUUGGGAAGCAGAUGGGGGAGAGAUAGGUGUGUUACUCUGCCGUGGAAAUAAGCUGGUCACUGGCAGUAAUGCCAAAAAAUUGAGACUGUGGUCUGUAGCUUCUGUCCAGAAUCUCAAUAACUCAAACAACAAGAGAACAAGUCCACACGAAGACAGAAAUGCUCAGGUGCAGUUAGAACAGGAACUGCUGCUGGACGGUACAGUGGUCAGUGCAGCGUUUGAUGAUGUCAUGGACAUGGGGAUUGUGGGUACGAUAACUGGAACUCUGUGGUACAUCAACUGGGCAGACAACAGCAGUAUACGGCUGAUCAGUGGACACAAGAGCAAGGUGAACGGUGUGGUCUGUAGUCCAGAUGAGCGUCAUUUUGUAACCUGUGGGCAGGACGGUAGUGUGAGAGUUUGUUCGCUGCAAAGCCACGAGCUGCUGGUGCAGUUUCAGGUGCUCAACCAGAGCUGUGAGUGUGUGUGUUGGAGCCCUCCGAGGGGUGUGUAUGAGUGUGUUGCGGGAGGUUACAGUGACGGUACAGUGAGGAUCUUCAGUCUAGAGUCAGCCGAGAUGGACCUAAAACUUCAACCUCAUCUUGUAGCUGUGUGUGCCCUGCAGUACUCAAACUACGGUCAUGUGCUGUUGUCUGGUGGUCGUGAUGGUCUCAUUACAGUCAGCAGUCCUGUUAAUGGAGUCACUGUACGCACCAUCAGUGACCACAAGGGGGCGCCCAUAACUACAGUGCAGUGCACCAGCAAACAGUAUAAGGAGUUUGGUCUAGAAGGAAAUGAGCUGUGGUUGGCCGUGAGUGCAGACAGGCGUGUCAGCAUCUGGGCUGCUGAUUGGACAAAGGAUAAAUGUGAGCUGCUUGAUUGGCUGACAUUCCCCGCCCCCAGCCCCCCAAAGAAUACAGUCACUUUGCCACCCAGUCUGGCAGCGUUCAGCCAGAGUGAGAGAGGAGUGGUGGUUUACACUGGCUACGCUGUGGAAAAAGAAAUCAUCUUUUACAGUCUUUACAAAAAACAGGUUGUGAGGACAGUUUCUCUGUCUGACUGGGCACUGUGCCUCAGUCUCUGCUCUACAGGAAGACUGCUUGCUGUUGGAUCAAAUAUGCGAGUCCUGAAGCUGAUUCACUCCUCCAGCGGCCAAUUUCAGGAUUUCUCAUCUCACAGUGACUCUGUUGAUGUGUGCAGUUUCAGCUGGUCUGGAUCACAGCUGUUCACUGCUGCUCACAAUGAGCUCUUACUGUGGACUGUACACGGCUUAUAACAUUGACACAGCACAUAAACCUGUUAGAAGAACAUUAAUACUGCUGAAUCCCAAAAGUUCAUACUUUUAGGUUGAAUAGUUUGACCACUCUAGGUUUAAAGUUUCUGAGGUUAUUCUGAAGUCAGUUAGAUGUUUUUCUGUUUGACAGUAGAAAUGUUGCACUAGUGUAGCAGAAUAGGUUCAUGAGUUGCCUUCCAGUUCUCUGUGCAUGACUUGAACUUCUAAGUAAUCAACUAGAGUUUUUCUCAUCUUGUUUUUAAUAACUUUUUAAAUAAAUUUGUAAAAGUUGGCACUUUGAGUUUUUUUAUAAAUUCUUUUUAUUGUUCAAAGUCAUUUUGCUUGUAAGAAUACUCUGAAAUUUUCAUGCACUGAUCUUUACAGUUUAUACAGCAAUAUAAAAGGUAAAAUACAGUAUGUUAAAGUCAAUGUGAAACGCCAUUUGUUACCCAUUUUACUUCAGUAAUGUGACGUAUUUUUUAAGUGAAACUAAAAAGCGUUUAUGCUUAUAAUGAAAUGUAUUAUACAUUGUCAUAUCUAAAUUACAUAAAGGAAUUUUCCGGGUUCAAUACAAGUUAAGCUCAAUCGACAGCAUUUGUGGC